AUGGCACCGAUGAUUGAGCGUCAUGGACGUAUCGGUUCCAAUGUUGUUCUCGCGAGUGACCCAUACGUCGCGAGCUGGCGACAGAAACAGGCACUCCAAAGAAAAACAGUUCGUCUAGUCGAAGGUCACUGUGCCCCAUCAGACACCGUGGACCUGAAUUACAGCCAUCACUUGGACCAUCAAAAUAAUAACAAUUCACACCUAAACAACAACAACGAGGAUCCCUCGAUAAAUUCACAUCAGCACAAUUGCUUGGGCAAUCCACCACAGGGCGGUGUAAUGAAGGAGAAGAGUAAGAACGCAGCGCGUUCGAGACGCGAGAAAGAAAACACAGAGUUCCAAGAGCUCGCUAAGUUAUUACCACUGCCAGCAGCAACGACCUCGCAAUUGGACAAAGCAAGUGUCAUAAGAUUGACGACAAGUUACCUCAAGAUGCGCGCGGUAUUUCCAAACGGUUUAGGAACAGAAUGGGGAGCUCCGACACCAGCGAUCAAUGAUCCGCGAGACGCUGCGAUAAAAGAACUAGGAUCUUACCUCCUCCAAACUCUGGAUGGCUUCAUCUUCGUCGUAGCUCCAGACGGUAAAAUAAUGUACAUAAGUGAAACAGCAAGUGUCCACCUGGGUCUGUCACAAGUCGAAUUGACCGGAAACAGUAUCUUCGAGUACAUUCACCCUAUAGAUCACAACGAGAUGCUCGAUGUUUUGAGCUUACCCCUACCCGGUUCAGGUCGUGCCUUUCCCCCUCCCAAUGCGCGCGGUAACAUCGAGCUUGAGCGUGCCUUCUUCCUCAGAAUGAAGUGCGUUUUGGCGAAGAGAAAUGCUGGAUUAGUAACAUCAGGAUGGAAGGUGAUUCACUGCUCUGGCUAUUUAAAAGUCAUUGCCCGUGGUCCUUCCUACGAGGAGUACCAAACAAUCGGUCUGGUUGCCGUAGGUCACUCCCUGCCGCCCUCGGCAAUAACGGAGAUAAAACUUCAUCACAAUAUGUUCAUGUUCCGCGCAUCGCUGGAUUUCAAACUCAUAUUUCUCGAUGUCAGUGUGAAAGACCUUACGGGCUAUGACCCCCAGGAUUUAAUCGAGAAAACACUGUACCAUUACGUUCACGGAUGCGACAUUUGGCACCUUCGAGAGUCACAUCAGAUACUAUUAAUGAAAAGUCAAGUAACAACAAAAUACUACAGAUUCCUAACGAAAUCGGGGGGCUGGGUAUGGAUGCAAUCCUACGUGACAAUAGUUAACAACUCCAGGAGUUCAAGACCACAAUGUAUAGUAUCCGUAAACUACGUACUAUCCGAUAAGGAGGCAGAACACUUGGUUCUAAACUCGGAACAGAAAGCAUCAACAAUACCUGGAAAUCAGCCAUCAGCUCCUCUGUCAUCAAACUGCGGUAUAUCUCGAGACAUGGCUGUUGAGGAGUCACAAUGCAGUCCAAGUCCACCGUAUCUUCAGCGUGCUAGUGAACCCCAGGUGGUUGACUUUGCUGAGACAGCGUAUUCUAACUCGGGUGAAUACAUGCCACCGGGGCAUAUGAAUCAUUAUCAGGCGAGUUAUCCGACGGCUCAAAAUACUCCACAUCAAGGCUCUGGUCCAGGGGGUGGAGGGAGCAUUCAUGAGGAUACUACUAAUUAUUACCCAUUGGAACUUUUUUACCAAUAUGCUGCAAUGACCCCCGACGGUCAUGCAGGGCCUCAAGCUCACCUGUUGCACCACAACAAUCAGACCAUCCCACAACCCCAAGCCCAGCAGCACCCAAACAGCCCCCAGCACCACCACCAGCAGAAGAAGCCCCCCUACUCCUCCCCCUCGAGUUCCUGCGGUAGUUACGACGUUCCUGACACCUGUGGACACUUAUCAAGCCCCCUAGCCAACAACAGCCCCUACCAACCAAACAUCCCUCACAACAAUCACCUUCACCACUGUCACCAAAUGCUGGACGAUCACUCAUCACCGCCGGAGGCCUACACCGACACAGCCGUUGGCUACGUCCACCCAAGCUGUGCAUUCAACGACAACAACAACUCGUGUUUCGUUGGUAAUGGAGGAAACUCGACUAUGCAAAACCACCACCCCCAUCAUCCCCAUCAGACAUACUCACCUACACCAGGAACGAGUCAUCAUCACGUUGUAGACUUGCGGCACGUGGAAACUCCAAUUUACACGAGUGUCAUAGUAGAAUCUCACCAGUACAACUCAAGUAGUGUUGCAAGUAUACAUCAGAGUGUUCAUGGCCAUCAACAGGGUGUUGUCAAAGGGGAUUCACCAGGUGAUGCAGCCACAUCUGUUACAACAGCCCCGGGCAAUUCUCCAACGCCUAACAAUACAACUUUUACUGCAACACCCCUCACAACCUCGGUAACUACUUCAAAAUCUGAGCCUGUUUCGCCAGUCUCUAAUGGAAGCAAGUGUGAGGCCGUGAAUCUCAUUGGAAAGAGCGCAAUCUGUCAGGACAGAAAUGACUUCACAAUGUACUCAAAGUGCGAUGACAAGAGUGUUCAUGAUCGCCAGGGCCUCACCAAGUACUCAUUUAUCGCGGGAUUCUCGGGGACGUAAUCGAUUGAUUCGUUUUAUCGUGUUAUUUAUUAGGUUGUAAAUUAUAGGUAAAAGAGUGAAAAUGUACGAAGUUGGAAAAUAUCUCGCGCUGGCCGUGGGUGCAAGACAUCCGACGUUAAACUCGAGUCACUAAUUUGUAUUUAGGAAAAUUGAGGAUUAACGAUAAAUUAUGAUGUACAUACGAAAUUGGUGAUGAUUAGAUUAUAUUUAUGUACUUAGGUAUUAUGUCAUUUUUUUUUUGUUUAUUUAAGUUUAUCAUUCUAGUUAUGAGACUUUGAUUGAAUCCUUAGAGUAUUCGUUUUAUUAAUUUCGAUAAAAAUUCCAAGACUGACGGAUCAACGAGUUAAAUGACCAAAGAGCCAUCGAUUUGCAAUUCUUCAUCACAGGGUCCAAAAAUGUAAUAGACGAACUACAUCGCAGAGACGUAUUUUGUGAUAGCGUAAUCUACGUUUCUGAUGAUGGAAAUUUCACGGAAAAUUAGUUUGUAUUUAAAAUUGAAGUGAAUCUCGUUUAUAGAGGAAAAUAAAACUAGAUUUGCAUGAGUUCAAUACGAUAAAUCAUCUGCAUCCUAUAUCCACAAUUAAUUGCGUAAAUCAAGGAAUAUUUAGUUUAUAGAUGAAUGUAAAUAAUGUAAAUGAUAAUCGUGCAUUAAUACCUGUAUUAUUUAAA